CGCGGCCGCGAACACUGGCCGGUCUCAUCCCGCGCCAAACUCUCCCGCGCUCGGAAAACUUACUCGAUUACCUUCAUCUAGUUUAUCAGUUGUAUUUCUUGAUAGCUCUCUGAAAUUAUGAAUGUAAAUGGUUUGUGAUUGGUUGCCGAGUGAAACUUAGGGAUGCGGCCGUCAAACCGCACGGCGAAUUCUAAGGACCCGAAGUUGCGACUCCUCCAGGGUCUGAUACGGGAGUGCUUCACUGUGAACACGACGCACAGUGAAGUUGAGGCGAACAAGGAACCGAGCAAAGAUGGCCUGUACUGUCCAAGAACCUUCGAUGGGUUCGCGUGCUGGGACGAGACUCCCGCCGACGCCACCGCCUACCAGCCAUGCCCUGACUUCGUCAUCGGCUUCGACCCUCGAAGAUAUGCUUAUAAGAGAUGCCUGGAAAACGGUACCUGGUUCUUACACCCUGAAGGAAACAAACCCUGGACCAACUAUACGACCUGCAUUGACGUGGAAGACUUAAAUUUCCGGAGCGUGGUAAACAACAUCUACGUGGUCGGCUACGUGAUCUCAGUGGCGGCCCUGCUCAUCUCAGUUGCAAUUUUCCUCUAUUUUCGGUCCCUCCAAUGCACGCGCAUAAGGAUCCACAUCCACCUCUUCACGUCGUUUGCGCUCAACAACCUGCUCUGGAUCGUCUGGUACAAGACCGUCAUCGACCAAGUCACCGUCGUUCAGAACAACAGGGUAUGGUGUCAAGUUCUGCACGUCAUCACGAACUACUUCAUGGUGACCAGCUACAUCUGGAUGUUCUGCGAAGGCCUUCAUCUGCACAUCGCUCUAGUCGUGGUUUUCGUAAAAGAUGAGGUGGCAAUGAGGUGGUUCGUAGCGACGGGCUGGGGGCUUCCCAUGCUGAUCGUCGGCGUGUACUCGGCGGUGCGCUACAACACACCUGGAGCUACCGAACGUUGCUGGAUGGAGAUAAGCGACUGUUUUUGGAUAAUCAUCGUACCUGUACUGAUUUCCCUGUUCGCUUCUUUUGUGUUUCUGGUGAAUGUAGUUAGGGUUCUCCUGACCAAGCUUCACCCGGCACCGAACCAGCACGUCUCCGUAGCGGCCAAGAAAGCUGUACGUGCCACUCUUAUUCUGAUACCCCUGUUCGGUCUCCAUUUCGUCCUGAUACCGCUUGUGCCCCCACCGAACUCACCGGGCGAGAGGGCUUACCAGGUCAUCUCGGCUCUUUUGACCAGCUUACAGGGAUUGUGCGUAGCUGUGCUAUUCUGCUUCACGAACCACGAGGUGGUGAUCGUGCUGAGGGCUGCCAUGUCGCGCCUGCUCAAGAGGAAUGAUGCUAUUGCCAUGACAGGUGUUACGGCCGGCGAGAGCUUAAUGAACACACGCGAGAAUAUCGUCUAAAUGAAAAUCAAAUGAACAUACAUAUUUAUUGUUAGUUACAUAUGUAUAUCAAGUAUAUGAAACAAUUAAGACUUCCUUAGAACUGUUACUAUAAAAUAAUAUUUUAAGGGCACAUAAUUUUAAAGUAUUUACAAAAUAUAUGCAAAUGAUCUCUCCUUUUAGUCAUAUGGGUGUAAAUUAUAUAACGGUGACUGAAUAGACCUGAUGGCAAAGUUGGUCAAUGGAACAUUUAAGUAAUGUAGGUAUUUUUAUAAAGGGAUGUAGUUAGGACGGGUAUUAAAAGUUACUGAAGUAUUAGUAUAACUGUCUGUUUAGAUUUGUGUGAACUAUGUUUCCCUACACUAAAACUAAUUGUUUUAGUAUGAAUUAAACUUUUCAGGGCCAUUCUCGGGCAAGAUAAGUUAUUAACCAACUGUCUUAUUAGAAGGCUUCUCAAAAGAAAAUUCGUUAUAUCUAAGCUACAGAGCUUCUGGAAGUACUUCCGGAAGUAGCGCCCUGAGAGGUAUAAUUAUACUAAAGUCUUGUAUUUUUGUGAUUUUAUGUACUUACUACAACCUUCCUCAAUAAAGAGGACUUUUAUCAAUAAACUGAAAGUAAAUGAAGGACUUUCUUGAAAUCAACCACAUUUUUAUUAAUUCAACAAAAUAAUCUCCUGUCAACAAUCA